AAAAAAAAAACAAAACAAAAAUUAUUGAAAAAAAGGAGUCGACAACCAAUCAGCCCAUGUUUCCCAUUUGAAUAGUUCAUUUUCUUUCACGCUCUUGGUGUGAUAAAGUGAAAGCAACAACCUCCAUUUUCACUUGUACUAGUAUAUUCUCACUUCCAAACCGUUUCCUAUAAAGCCCAACCUCCAUCAGAUUCAUUUCAGUUGUUAAGGAUAAAAGAUUCCUGUAAUUUUACAAAAGAAAAGAAAAAGAAGAGAAAUGGAUGGGAAUGGUAGGGAUGAAGAUAGGGUUGAGAAUGGAUUCAACCCAGAAGAAGAAGAAAAAUAUGGCAAGAAUAAUAAUAAGGAGGUGAAGGGUCGUGAGAUGUCAGUGGAGCAAAUCUUUGAGGGACAGGAAGUGCCAUCAUGGAGAAAACAGCUGACGAUGAGGGCCUUUGUUGUCAGCUUUGUGUUAAGCAUAUUGUUCAGUUUCAUAGUGAUGAAGCUCAACUUAACAACCGGAAUCAUCCCAUCCCUCAAUGUUUCAGCUGGUUUGUUGGGGUUCUUCUUUGUCAAGACGUGGACUAAAAUGCUUGAAAAAUCUGGCCUCCUCAAACAGCCUUUCACCAGGCAGGAAAACACCGUUAUUCAGACCUGCGUCGUUGCUUCCUCCGGCAUCGCCUUCAGCGGUGGAUUCGGGAGUUACCUUUUUGGAAUGAGUGAACGCAUUGCCAAUCAAUCAGGGGACAAUGGAGGUUUCAAGAAUCCAUCACUAGGAUGGAUUAUCGGCUUCCUUUUUGUUGUUAGCUUUCUUGGUCUCUUCUCUGUGGUGCCUCUUCGAAAGAUCAUGGUCAUAGACUUCAAGUUGACAUAUCCAAGUGGUACUGCAACUGCACAUCUUAUCAAUAGCUUCCACACUCCUCAAGGAGCUAAGCUAGCAAAGAAACAAGUAAAAACAUUGGGCAAGUUCUUUUCUUUCAGCUUCUUGUGGGGUUUCUUUCAAUGGUUUUUCACUGCCGCAGAUAAUUGUGGAUUUGUUAACUUCCCUACAUUUGGUCUUAAAGCAUAUAAGAACAAGUUUUACUUCGAUUUCUCUGCAACAUAUGUUGGAGUAGGGAUGAUUUGCCCCUACAUAAUAAACAUAUCACUGCUGCUUGGAGGAAUACUUUCGUGGGGUCUAAUGUGGCCUAUCAUUGAAACAAGAAAGGGUGAUUGGUUUCCUGCAAAUCUUCCCUCAACCAACAUGCAUGGCCUGCAAGGUUACAAGGUAUUUAUUGCAAUUGCCAUGAUUCUAGGUGAUGGGCUAUACAACUUUUUAAAGGUGUUAAGUAGAACCCUCACAGCCUUGUUUUAUCAAGUUCGGGGCAGAUCAGCUCUCCCCAUUGCAAACCAGCCCUCUCUUGAUACCUCAAAUAAGCUAUCUUAUGAUGACCAGUGUCGAACCCAACUCUUUCUAAAAGAUCAGAUACCUACAUGGUUUUCUAUUGCAGGUUAUGUCACAAUUGCUGUCGUCUCUACCAUCGUACUUCCACAUCUCUUUCACGAACUCAAAUGGUAUUACAUAUUGGUCAUCUAUGUCUCUGCACCAACACUGGCUUUCUGUAAUGCCUAUGGAUGUGGACUGACUGAUUGGUCCCUUGCUUCCACCUAUGGCAAGUUAGCAAUCUUUACAAUUGGAGCUUGGGCAGGUUCACAUGGUGGAGUCCUUGCAGGCCUCGCUGCAUGUGGUGUCAUGAUGAACAUUGUUUCGACAGCUUCUGACCUAAUGCAGGAUUUUAAGACUGGCUACUUGACUCUCGCUUCUCCUAGGUCCAUGUUUAUUAGCCAAGUGAUUGGCACUGCCAUGGGCUGCAUAGUUUCACCUUGUGUCUUCUGGCUGUUCUACAAGGCAUUUGAUGACCUUGGACUUCCUGACAGUCAAUAUCCUGCUCCUUUUGCAACUGUUUAUCGCAACAUGUCUGCAUUGGGGGUAAAGGGCUUCUCUGCUCUACCAAAAAACUGUCUCUUGCUUUGUUAUGUGUUCUUUGGUGCAGCCAUCUCGAUCAACCUCAUUAAAGAUAUGCUGGGUAAGAAAUGGGGAUCCUUCGUUCCAUUUCCAAUGGCAAUGGCAAUACCUUUCUACCUUGGGCCAUACUUUGCAAUUGAUAUGUGUGUUGGAAGUUUGAUUUUGUUUGUCUGGGAAAAGUUAAACAAGGCCAAGGCAGAUGCAUUUGCACCAGCGGUUGCCUCUGGUUUGAUCUGUGGGGAUGGUAUAUGGACUUUACCUAGUUCAAUACUUGCUCUAGCAGGGGUUAAACCACCAAUUUGCAUGAAAUUUCUGUCGAGGGCAACAAACGGCAGGGUUGAUACAUUCUUAGGAUCAUAAAAGUUGAAGUUAGCCUACCAAGGAAGUAUGCAUGCAAAAUAUUGGAAACUCAUAUUCAUGUAAAAUAUCCCAUCAAGUAUUAUAUGUAUGUUGUUCUUCUGUGUUUCCUUCUUCCUGGUGUCGACAAAACAAGGUCCAGCAAAGUACGAGCAGUAGAGGCUGAGAAAACAAGAUGAAAGAAGCCAAUGAAGCAUGUUGACUAUCAAGCAUGUGACAAAUAGCAUUACCAACAUGUUAUUGUUGACUCAGUGAAAAAGAAUGAAAUUUCAUAUGGUGAAUAUUGUCUUUGUUUUAGCAUGUUUACGGUAUUUUUUUUUUCUGCAAAGUUUACACUAAGUAAUUGGAAUUGCUCAUUUCUUUUUGGUAUCAGAACAAUUUCGAUAUAUCAGUUAGAAACCUCAAUGUUAGUUGCAGGAAAAUGAUGGACAAAACUA